UCACUGCGGUUUCCUCCUGGGCUUUCUAAGCUUUCCACACCCCGGUCUUCUGGGGCAGGAGACUAAACCAUCUCUGUGCCCCUUUAUCUAGUUCAGUACAGAAGCCUUGAACCAGAGCCUGUGCUGGAGGAGCCACAGGGCCGCACAGGUCUUGCUCAGCUUCCCUGUUGUCCUCGGAGGUCCAGGCUUCCUCAGCAGUUCACCCUGCACUGGCUGUGGGGGCUGCCUGGACCCUGACCUGCCCAGGUCUCCUCUCCUCAGAGCAUCCCUCCCUCCUUCCCUGCUUGCUCCCCUCCAGCUUGAGAAGAGGACCCAUGGCCUGGGAGGCCACAUAUCUGCUAUCCCCCAUCCUGCUGGUGCUCCUGGACUCAGGCUGUUGCGCCCAUGCAGAGUUAUUUCAAGUAGUGGAAGGCCAGAACUUUUCUGUGAAUUGCCAGUAUUAUCACAGCCAACACGUCAAAGAGAAGGUGUGGUGUCAGAAAACAUCAAUAGAACGUUGUAAAGUGUUAGUGUCCAGUCUCAGCCCAGAAGCUCAGCGGCCGAAUUUCUCCAUCCGGGACCAUCCUGACUCUCUCUUCUUCACUGUCACCAUGACUACACGCACGGUGAGAGACUCAGGUCACUAUGUCUGUGGGAUCUAUGACAAUCGCGGAACAGUCCAUGUUCUCAAAACCAUCAGCCUGGUGGUGUCAAGAGCCCCAUCCACGACCCCCUGGAUGACAACAGUCCUGGCCUCUGCCACCAGCCCUGUCAUUUACAGCCCUCUGGAUAACUGGAUGUGGAAGGGCACCAUGGCUGGUGUGGCAGCUUUUCCACCCACAGCAGAACCAGGGAGCUUCUUCGCCAUAACCGGCCACAUGUCUCGGCGUGAGUACAGAGAGCUCCUCUGCUGUCUGGAGGACUGCCAUUCACCUGCUGACGAUGUCUACUGCACCAUCUAUGCCACACCCCCUGCCAAGAUCCUCGGGCAGAAGAUGCCAUCUGUCCUCAGCCUGAGGCUCCAUAUAGACUCAGACUGCUUGCCCCUGUGA